UCACACAUUCGUAUCCCCCGCAAUUUGUUUUCUUUUUAUUCAAAGUUGAAAUAACAUUGGUUACCCGGGAAGGGCGACUCCAUUCGCCAGAAUGGCCUGCCGCUGGUACUUGGAGCACGUGACCACACGCGACCGCAUCGAUCUGAACCACGGGGAGAACUUGAUGGGCCGCCACUCCUGCUGCAGGAUUUCGUUAGGUCAAAGCUAUGAUUUUGUGUCCCGAGAGCAUGUAAAUAUUAUCGUGAGCGAAUCCGGCGUGAUAGUACAGGAGAUGAACUCCAGGAACGGCGUCUUCAUCAAUGAGCAGCGGAUGAGUGGCGAGUUCAAACGCAUGCCGGUCGUGGAGGGCACCAUCAUCAGCCUGGGAGUGGAAGGUCACUUCACUGACAUACCGCGCAGCUAUCCCAUCUUCCUGCUGCGGAAGGUGGCUACCGAGGCGGAGGAGGUAGUGCUGUUAUCCGACGACGAUGGGGAUACCCUGUCCAAUGAUGGUAAUCUUGCCCAGAUUAAACCGGACUUGGGAAAAAAGAUGAGUUCCACAGACCAGGAGGGAUCCUGUACCAACUUGCACCUGCCGAAGAUUCCCGAUGUAAAGCAGGAGCUGGUGAGCAAGACCACCGAGGAGAUAACAAAUAUCUUUGGCGAAGCGGAUGAGGCUAUUCUUGGUGGCGUUAUGGAUAUAAAUCCGUAUCUGUACAACCAGUUAAAUAAAAAAUCUGGAGGCACUGCCUCAACGAGCGCUAAAAUCUACGACGGCGACGUAAUAGAACUGGAUACGGAGCCUGAUAAGACGGUGAUGCAGCCACCGCCUCCACCAGAGAUCAUGGAAGUCGUUAACGUCGAGGACGACGAGUACGACGAGCAGUUCGCCAUGUCGCAAGCCGUGCUGCAGGAGAUGAAGACCGAAAUGGCCUCCAGCGAUGACGAGGAAGACGUUCUGGCGUUUAAAAACAUGGAAGACGAACAGGGACUGGAUUCGCCUUCGUCCCAAAUAAGCUACGAUGAAAUCAUUAUCGAGGAGAGUGACGACGAUGAUCUGUACGACAAGGUGGCCGACUGGUCCAACAAACUGCUCAGCCAAAGAGCUCCGCAAGCCAUCAAAAUGUCGCAAGCUUAUCCCCAGAUAGAGGACUCGGGCUCGGAUCAGGAGAAUGAAUUGCAUUUUGAAAUAAAGCCUCCGACGAAGUCACUUCGUAUCGAUAGUUCCAGCGAGGACGAAUCCAGCGACGUGGUUUUAUGCAGAGGACCUUUGUCUCCGUUAUCCACAGCGGACAGCACAACAACAGACCGCAGCUGCAGCGUUCGUAUUCAGUCCCCCACUGGUGAAGUGAGCUCCAGCGCCGACGCUGCUCAAAAGAUGUCACUGUCGAAGCCCAUAGAUGAAACCCUUGAAAAAAAAGAUGUGCAGGAAAAGCAGGACGACGUUUGGGAUUGCGGCGAACAGCCUAAGGAACCUGGAAAAAAGAAGACAGCUCGUGCCUGUGAAGAAAUUAAAGAGAAAGCUAAGGAACCCAUAAAUAAUAGGAAUAGCUUAACACCAAAAAGAGAGGUUCCAGUUGAAGAUGUAACUCCAGUCAAUAAGGGUCCAAGUCCUCGGCUACUAAACCGUUCAAAGUCAUGUUUUAUAGACCAACCGGAUAAUAUUACCAAGACUACUAAGGAUGCCCGCGGUCCUGCCAUAAUCGAGGCUCCAUUUAUGUCCAAAAAUCGCUGCAAGGUUAACAAUAAGGAAAAGCAGAGGGUUAUCGAUCGCCAGCGCUUUGUUGAUUACCAAGCCGAAAUGACCGCCAAGUGGCACCAGAAACCAAAGGAUAAGAAAAAGGACGACCAAGUGAUCAAGGAGAAACGACGAGAGGCUUUGAAGAAGCUGUCUGAUAAACGCAAAGAUGAGGAGAAUAGCCCCUCCACCUCGAACGCAAGUAAAAGGAAGAACUGCACCAGUGUGCCCACCAUAAGCAACACAAAUCGCGGGGAAUUCCUUACCAAAGAGAUCGAUAGAGGACCUCCAGCCAAAAUAGCAAAGAAGGUGGAGAAACCCCAAGUACCUCCGGUUAAGCAUUCGAUUCCCAAGCGACGCUCCACCAUUAAUACUCCCUUGCAGCAGCUCCUGGCAGCGGAGGAUUUAGCCAAAAGUCCAGAGCCACAAGGCUCCCGGCGGCCUGAACGCAAGGAGGCGCAGCAGGCUAGGAAUCAGCGGACAUGCAAUCGCGUUAACUUUGCUGAUAUGGAACGUGAAAGCAGAAGGAAGAAACAGCAAAGACGCGUUCGUUUCUGUGACAAAAUCAACAUUAUAUAUAUCGAAAGUGUAAGUGGGGCCUGUAAGCCCGUGCGGAAAAGCAAGGAUAGCUCGAAGAUCUGCCUCAGCACGUACAGCGAACGACGCGAAUGGACGCUCAAGGGGAACUACAUGGUGAACGACAUCCUCCACCACAAGCGUACCAUUCUCACGUGGGCCAACCAGUGGCUGAAGCAUGGCAGCGUGGACGCUGUAGGGGAAACGGAUGUCCUGAUGCCCAUUCCCUCCGACUUUAGUGGCUUUCGGCACUACAUCAAGACUUUUUUGCCACUGAUGAGACUGGAGUUACUGACCACCAUUGAAAGGGACUACAAAAACUCGAAGCCUACGCUGGAUCUCAAGGUUAUUGGCAUAUAUUGCGAGAAGGAGUGCUACCACUUAGUGGCCAGAACUAAGGCCAAACCCAUUGGAAAAUUCGAUCUUUACACUCUGUCCAGUGGCCCCGAACUAAGCGAAACCUUUGCCAGUCUGUUGGCCCAAAAGACUGUCGGCGGCAGCGCUUGGGACAUGACCUUUCAAAUUUGUGUACAGGUACCCAUAGAGAAGUUGAAAAACCUGAAACAGGUAACCGCUCGUCCGGUGGUGGAUAGCCUCCGAGUGGAAUCGGGAGCUUUGAGCGCUAUCCAUCAGCUUUACCGUUCGCCGCUCUGCAGGCGAAUCCUGAUGCCCACUGAGGCAGUGAAAACCUUACAAAUACCCACAUUGGCGGAGGCGCUCGCCUACAAGGGAUUCAGUAAACUUAACAAGGACCAAGAGGACAUUUGCCUCAGUGUCUACGAGAGAGUCAUCGACGCCAUGAACCCAAGUCUGACACUAGUUCAGGGUCCGCCAGGCACUGGGAAAUCCAUACUUCUGUCGAAUCUCAGCCUUCAGUGUCUGUACGGAAGGGCGUCCGUGAUGCUGGACCGAAAGAUCUUAAUUUGUGCUCAUUCUAACACGGCCGUGGAUCACAUGGUAAGGGCUCUAAGUAAAGCCCACUCCGCCAUGAGUCGUAACCACUUCCACCUCCUGCGAUUCGGGUUAAAUGAAAAAAUAAGCCAACACUCCCGAAAAUAUUCACUAGAAGCUCACUUUAAAAAGGCCAGGGAGGACAAGCUGAAGCGUCUAACUCCGGAGAACAUUGAGAUCUUGAAGAAGCAGCACAGCGACCUGAGUGCCGAGAUCCAGCAGCUGAAGCAGAACUCAAAUCUCAAGUCCACCUACCUUCAGCAGCAGUUGGAACAGAAACAGAAGCAGCUCCUGCUGAUCAGCCAACAACUGAAUCCGCCGCUGACGCCAAGGGAGGAGUACGACAUUUCCAAGACGUGUCUGAAGCGGGCCCACAUCGUCUGCACGACGCUCUCCUCGUGCGUCAAGCUGGCUAACUACGUGGACUUCUUCGACAUCUGCAUCAUCGACGAGGCCACACAGUGCACGGAGCCCUGGACGCUUCUGCCCAUGAGAUUUGGCAUAAAACACCUUGUCCUGGUGGGAGAUACCCAGCAGCUGCCGGCGGUGGUGCUGUCCAAGAAGGCCAUCGACUUCGGCCUGGGCAACUCCAUGUUCGACAGGAUCCAAAAGAGUCUGGUGAAGCAGCUGAACAUGGACCAGCCGGGCGGCAAUCAGCUUGUGCACACCAAACUGUUCAAGCUGAGCUUGCAGUACCGCAUGCACCCAGAGAUCUGCCGGUGGCCCAACAAGUACUUCUACGACGACCAACUGGUGAGUGCGGAUCUGACCUCAAAGCCCUCGCCGCUCAUCCCCUACUGCGUGGUCAACCUGAGCUACACGCAGGACACUGGUAGCUCCAGUGCAAACAGGAGCAUAAGCAACGACGAGGAGGCUCGCUUCGUGGCUAAGUUGCUGGCGGAGAUGGACAAGCACAUGCCCAGCCAGCGCUACAGCUACGGCCUGAUCUCGCCGUACAGCAGUCAGUGCUACGCCCUGAGCCAGGUGAUUCCACAGCACAUGAACCUGACGCCGCAGACUGUGGACUCGUACCAGGGAUUGGAGAAGGACGUGGUCAUCAUUUCAAAUGCACGCACUCGAGGAUGUGGUUUUCUCGCCAACUAUCAGCGACUCAAUGUGGCUCUAACAAGACCGAAGCGAUGCCUGGUUAUUUGUGGCAACUUUGAUGAUCUGCAGUCUGUUGACAUGUGGCGACAGUUGCUCGAUGAUGCCCGCCAACGGAAAGUUUACUUCGAUUUGAAGCGCGACGAAGUAAAUGAUUUGCGAAACUCCCUGAUGCAGAAGCUCCUCGUGAAACCUUUGUGAUUGCCAAUGAUUAUUGUAUAAGAAACUUUAGCCUUAUGAUAACUAUUAGAUUUAAGAGCACGUCACUUCGUGUACCUUCGUUUUUGAAUAAAGAUUGGUUGUUUUUGUAUUCCUUACA